AUGUCUCAGAACCCUCCACCUCUGACUCGAACGCUCCUCUUGCUCCCAUGUCUUCUUCUAGGGUUAGGACUCUGCGUUGACCUGGGUCAAUCCCUGAAGGUCCCGUUCAGCGUCAACGAUGUUCUUCCGAUGCUGCCUCGUCAAGUAUCGUGGCCCGUUCUGAACAGCUUCCACAGCGCCGUGGAUUUGUUGCCGGUUUUCAUCGGCUCCGUUACUCCCGAUAACGCGUCUCUUGAGUGGAAAGGUGCUUGCUUUCAUGGCAACGAGGCUCGCCUCGAUAUCACCGGCAGCGAUCGCAACGUCCCUGGUCUUGGAGGCGGCCUUCUCCAUCUCAAGACAUCUGAGGCACAUAGCUUGACUUGCAUGGACCUGUAUGUGUUCGCAACGCCGUACAGGAUCACAUGGGACUACUAUUUCUCUGCUAGAGAUCAUACUUUGAACUUUGAUUCCUGGGAAGAGAAAGCUGAGCUGGAAUAUGUGAAGGAGCAUGGAGUUUCAGUGUUCCUCAUGCCUUCAGGGAUGCUCGGGACGUUGCUUUCGUUGAUAGACGUGUUGCCUCUCUUCUCAAACACUGCUUGGGGACAGAACGCGAACUUGGCUUUCUUGAAGAAGCACAUGGGCGCUACGUUUGAGAAACGGCCUCAGCCUUGGCGGUCCACCAUCGACCCGGAAGAUGUGCAUUCCGGCGAUUUCUUGGCCGUGUCGAAGAUCCGAGGAAGAUGGGGCGGUUUUGAGACUUUGGAGAAAUGGGUUACUGGUGCUUUUGCUGGUCAUACUGCUGUUUGUUUGAAAGAUGAUUUGGGGAAUCUUUGGGUUGGUGAAUCAGGACAUGAGAACGAGAAGGGUGAAGAGAUCAUUGUUGUGAUACCUUGGGAUGAAUGGUGGGAUCUAACGUUGAAGGAUAAUUCAAAUCCGCAAAUAGCUUUGCUUCCUCUACAUCCCGAUAUCAGAGAGAAGUUCAACAACACCGCUGCGUGGGAAUACGCACGGAGCAUGUUGGGCAAACCUUAUGGAUAUCACAACAUGAUAUUCAGCUGGAUCGAUACUCUCGCCGAUAACUACCCUCCUCCCCUUGAUGCUCACUUGGUUAUUUCUGUCAUGUCUAUGUGGACCCGUGUACAACCUGCAUAUGCUGCAAAUAUGUGGAACGAGGCACUCAAUAAACGACUCGGUACUGAGGAUCUUGAUUUGUAUGGGAUUCUUGAAGAGACAGCGAAGCGUGGGAUGUCGUUUGAUGAAUUACUCACCAUCCCUGAACAGGAUGAGUGGGUGUACAGCGACGGGAAGUCAACGACGUGCGUUGCUUUCAUCCUUGCUAUGUACAAAGCCGCUGGUGUGUUUGGUCCUCUCGCUGAUCACAUUCAAGUAACUGAGUUCACUAUCCGAGAUGCGUAUACUCUGAGGAUAUUUGAAGAUAAUCAGACGCGUUUACCGAGUUGGUGUAACACGGAGGAAGGGAAGCUUGAGUUCUGUCAGAUUUUGGGUGAAUAUAGAAUGGAGUUACCUGCUUAUAACACUAUUCAACCUUAUCCCAAUAUGAACGAGAAUUGCCCUUCUUUGCCUCCUAAUUAUGAGAGGCUUUCUAAGUGUUAGAUCAAUCAAUAAACUUGUUUGUCUCUCUCUCUCUCUCUCUUUGUGUGUUGUUUAGUUCUGGAUAUCUUAUUAUCAAGCUUUACUGUUUUAGCUAAUAGGGGAAGAAAACCACGUUUGAUAACAAUCUUUUAUGUGAAUAUAUUGAUGAUGUUUUAUCAAAUCCACUGUUUGCUUAAAUAUAACACCAAAUUAUCAGACCGUUUAAUGAUAAUAUCUUCUGGUUAACAACAGUAAAAUAUAUUUAUUCUUGUGUUUUAAUCUUGUUUGAUCCCUGAAGUUUAGAGAUAAAGAGUGAUACUAAAAGAUAAUGCAUUAAAGAAU